AUGGUCGUGAUAAGAGAGGAGAAGCGCGUAUUAAGGCAGGAAUUCGCUGGUCUUCUGACAAAAAUGAUUCAUAGACAAGCCUUAGAGGCCUCUUUGGUUGAAGUUAUAUCUGAACUCACUCGCACCAUCGAGUCCGAAACUCUAGCAAUGGAGGAGCAAACCCAAGUGGUGGUCGAACUGAAGGAACGUGUUCAGGAUCCCGAGGCUUCUUUCGCAGCAUGCAGGGCAGAGAUCGGUAACUGGAACACCAGCAUGAACUUUUGCAAUUGGACUGGUGUCUCAUGUAGCAAACGCAGGCAGAGGGUAACCUACUUGAACUUGGCAAGCACUGGAUUGCAAGGCAUGCUCACCCCCCACAUAGGGAAUCGAUCAUUUUUGCAGGUUCUUACCUUACGAAACAACAGCUUCCAUGGAAGCAUACCUCCAGAAAUCGGUUGGAAGGAUGCAUCCCUAAGGAACUGGGUCUUCUACAAAAGAUCAAGAACUUUACCUUUGGAGCAACCGAGUGGGCCAAUUCCAUCUUCUUUACAUAAUGCUUCAAAGCUCACCGUACUCGAGCUACAGAAAAACCAAUUCAAUGGACCGGUACCCACAUCUCUUGGACAUCUAAGAGCCCUCAAAGUACUCCACCUCAAUAACAAUCGCUUAGAGAAUUGGCCUGGAAGUCCUAACCUCAGUUUCAUUGAUUCUUUAACUAAUUGCACAUUCAUGGAAGUACUACAACUAGGAAAUAAUCCGAUUGCAGGUUUUAUGCCUGACUCCAUAGGAAACCUCUCAAACAAUCUUAAAUCCUUUACCGUUGGUGGUUGUCAUAUCGUGGGAAGCAUCCCAGAAAGCAUUGGCAACCUCCAAAGUUUGACAGGAACAAGUUGGAAGGAUCCAUCCCCACAGAGUUUGGCUCUUGAAAACCUCAACCUUUCUUUUAAUUCAUUUCAAGGAGCAAUCUCGAGAACAUUUGGAGAUAUGAUAAGCUUGAAGUACAUGGAUAUCUCUUCCAAUAAAUUGUCUGGUGAAAUCCCAGGAUCAUUGUGUUCACUUAAAUUCCUCUGGUUUUUAAACCUUUCUUUCAAUGAUUUAGAAGGGCCAAUCCCAAGCAAAGGAGUAUUUGCAAAUAUUACUGCUGAUUCUCAGAGGCAUGAGCUGAGGAGUGUUAUAGCUGAUGGUGUAUCACAAAUAAAGGGUAUAAGGUGGAUAUCUUACUAUGAGCUUCUCCGGGCAACUAAUAACUUCAACAACUCAAACUUACUUGGAAUUGGUAGUUUUGGCUCUGUAUACAAAGGAAUCGUAUCAGAUGGUUCACUGGCGGCAAUCAAAGUUAUGAAUUUGCAAAGAGAAGGUUCCACGAAGAGUUUUCACACAGAAUGA